AUGUCUAAUAGUGAUAAUGAUUCACAAUUUAUUUCUGUUAAUAAUAUUCAAGUUUAUUAUAAACGCGUAUUACCCACAAUCGAUAAUGUACAAAAUAAUGAUCAUUCAAUCGUUUUAAUUCAUGGUUUUCUCUGUAGUACAUUCACGUGGCAAAAAAUAUUACAACCAUUAGCUAAUAGAACAGGAUGUCAAGUAAUUGCUUAUGAUCGUCUAGCAUUUGGAUUGACUCAACGAAUUGAGCAAUGGGAUAAAAAUGAAAUUAAUCCGUAUACAAGAAAAGGAGAAGAAUUACUUGCACUCGAACUAUUUCGAUUACUAAAUAUAACGAGUAAACUUCAUCUUGUUUCAAGUUCAUCUGGUGCAACCGUAGCAUACGAUAUAGCUGUGGCUAAUCCAGAAUUAGUUUAUUCAAUUAUUUUAAUCUCACCCUAUGGUCUACAUAAUGUUCACAAAAUGAAUCCAAUUUCAAAAUGGUUAGUGGGAACGUUUCCAGUUAAAUUAUUAUUAAAAUUCGGUUUAAAACACUAUCUUCCGUUUAAAAAUGCGUAUUUUGAUGAAAAUUAUUGUAAAGAUGAAACAGUAAAAGAAGGAUAUUUACGACCAAUACAAGAUGAUCCAUUAUUUUUUAUAGGACUAGAUUUUUUCAUAGAAUAUAAUGGACCAUCAGAGACUACAUCAAUCGAUCAUUUUCUUCAAAUACCACGAAAAAUCUUGUUUAUUAUGGGUGAAAAUGAUAAAUUAGUAUCAAAGAAAGAUGUCAAGGAAUUUUAUCAACUCAUAUUAAAUGAAAAUAAAUUGGAUGAAACCAUACUUCAAUAUGUAUCGAUUCAACAGUGUGGACAUUUACCACAAGAGGAAAAACCCACCGAAGUAGUCGGUAUUAUUAGUGAAUUUUUUGAAAAAGCUAGAACGGACAGUAAAUAUUGUAGAUUGAAUUUUCCAUUCCAAUGA